AUGACUACUACCGACGGUUUCGGUACCCAGAGGGUAUGUCGGCUGUCCAGCCUGGAUGCUUCUCGGGCCGACCUCUACGGCGGCCCUAAUGUAGUCCUCCCUCCCAAGCAUUUGAUGGCUUCUAGCGAUUUCCAUGAUACAACUAUCACAAUGGAAUUGGACAAGCAUCAGUCAGAUGUCGAAACAUCGUCGGACGAUGGUUCUGUGCGCGUUGCGUCCCCAGUGCCUGAGCGACACCUCACCACUGCUGAUCACUUCGCUCUGGGCUUCGACAUUGACGGCGUCCUCAUUCGAGGAGGAGAGGCAAUCCCCGAAGCGGCCGCCGCCCUCAAGUACAUCAAUGGCGACAACCCGUACGGGGUCAAAGUUCCUUACAUAUUCGUGACGAACGGCGGCGGCAAAACAGAAGAGGAAAGAUGUCUGGAUCUCAGUCGUCAGCUGGAGCUGGAUGUCUCCCCCGGCCAAUUCAUCUGUGGCCACACCCCCAUGCGAGAGAUGGCCGAAAGAUAUAACACCGUACUGGUCGUUGGUGGUGAGGGUGAAAAAUGCCGUCAUGUAGCCAAAGGCUAUGGCUUUAAGGAUGUGGUCACUCCCGGAGACAUCAUCAAGACACGACACGACACCACGCCAUUCCGCAAGCUUACCGACGAAGAAUACAAGAACUCUCGGGUCAUUGACUUUGACAAGACGAGGAUCGAAGCAAUCUUCGUGUUUGCUGACAGCCGAGACUGGGCUGGCGAUCAGCAAAUCAUCUUAGAUCUGCUCCUGUCUCAAGAUGGACGUCUUGGAACUCGAUCCGAGAAGUUUGAUGAGGGCCCGCCUGUCUUCUUCUCCCACAAUGACGUGGUAUGGUCUACUUCUCACGAGCACACUCGCCUCGGCAUGGGAGCAUUGCGGGCUUCUCUCGAAGCAUUGUACAAGGUUGUUACUGGCAAGGAGCUCUCAACCAUCUCUUUCGGCAAACCGCAGAUGGGUACAUACCAGUUUGCUACCCGACUCCUGCGGCAAUGGCGAAAAGAGAGCCAUGGCAUCAACAAGCCACCGGGCACAGUGUACUUUAUUGGAGAUACCCCUGAAUCUGAUGUCCGGGGAACAAAUGAGUUCGACAAGACCACGGACACCAAUUGGUUCUCGAUUCUUGUCAAGACCGGCGUCUACCAGGAUGGAACCGUGCCCCGCUACCAACCCAAGCAUACUUGUGCCAACGUGUUUGAGGCGGUCAAAUUUGCUAUCGACCGUGAGAUGGCCAAAGACGGCCAAAUGCCACUGACUUCCGGGGCUGAUUUGGAUUCCGGCAUCGACUCGGAUUCAGCAGCCGCACGUCACUAA